GUCCAAGAUGCCUCAGAAUGCCAGGGCACUGAUAGCGUACGGACCAUACGAAGCAUGUUAUUUGGUAGAUCACAGAAAAAGUCGGUUACAAGGAUUAGAGACUGUCCUGUUUAAAGAUGGGCAUUCUGUAGAGUUUGAGGAAAUAGAAGACUGGAAUAUGGUGGAGAUCUGGGUCAAUGGAGAGUGUGUGUUCAAGUGUGACAUCAGGGAGCUAGAUUAUGGAGGUGAUGGAGAACUGGAUCCCCUCUGUAAGAAGGCACUAGAGGCUGUCCAAAGUGCUUUUUAAUUUAAGUCACACAUGAUUUUUGUAACAGAAGUGAGUUAGUAAUGUCAGAAUGUAUGCAAGCUUUUCACACGUAUGGAUGUUUGUGAUGUUAAGAAUUGUUACAUUAUACAAAUUAAAACAUAUUUUCUAUAGAAA